AUGCCCAGCGAGAUCUGCAACAGCCUCCGGCGCAGCUACGAGACCCUCAUGCUUUGGGAUGAUGCCUACAAGGUCUCGGAUGGGGGGCUGGAUUCCGUCUUGGCCCUGAGUUCAACUGUCCGAAGCCUCACUUCCAAAUCCCUCAGAAGGAUUGCGGAGCAGCUUAUAAAGGGCCCUGCUUCACUUCCUCAGGCAGACUCGCUCACGCCACAUGUGGAGGCACUACAAGAGGCCAGUGAGCAGAGCGCGCGCAGCGAGGCGAAUGACUACGCAUUCGAAUCCAGCGACGACGAUUCUAGUGUUUCCACCGACAUCCCUGACUGGAAAGAUCCCUCGGAAGUGUCCAAAAACCUCGCCGCACACGCUGAAUGCCUCAUGGGCAUGGAUUUGCUCUACAAGAACCCUCCUCCGGACCCAAAACCGGAUAACACCACAAUGAGGUCCAUCGGCGUCAAAUCGGCUGGUGAUGAUCAGGCGAGCAGUCCUGUCGACACCGAGUGGAAAGACUGGAGCGCCGACCAGAUUUAUCGCGACCGCAUAUCUCAGCGAUUUCCGUGCGCGCAAGAGAGCCUCGUUGCACGUCUAGGGCAUGCAAGCAUGACACGCUAUCUUCGGUGCAAAAACAAAAGGGACGGAGACGACGCUCAUCCUGCUACAGACGCAGAGGUAGAAGCAGCUGCAGUCAAUGCCACUGCGGCUCCAUCCAAGAAGUGGAAGGAUUCGGGUGUCGGGACCUCGCUCGGGCUGCAGCCCUCAGACCACAUCUUCGCCAGAUAUGCCAAAACAGUCAUGUCCUACGGACAGGGUAACGAGAAAACGAGACGGAUUCCCUCGCUCUCGGAUGAGGCUCGAAAAGGAGAGCCUUUUGAGUGCUUUAUCUGUGGGAAGCAGAUCGUGGCUUUCAAUGAUGUCGCGUGGAAGCAACAUCUCCUCUCAGACCUCCAACCCUAUAUCUGCCUUGAAGUCUCUUGUCAGCAAUCAGAUGUUUUCGAGACUCGCGAUUCCUGGAUUUCCCAUCUCGGCUCCAAGCAUUAUCAGGACUGGGCUGGUGCGCCUUGUCCUUUGUGUGGCGAGCAAAUGAAAGAUGGGCUGGUUGCGAUCACCGACCAUCUUCGGUACCAUCUCGAAGAACUAGCACUGGCCUGCGGCCCGUCCAUAGUCGGCUCCGACCCUGACCCGUCUGUAGUCGGCUCCAACUCUGCCCAAGCGUUAGAAGAGGAGCAAGAACCGAAGCGACAGUCUGGACGGCCACCCCUGCUGUCAUGUCCCUACAGGAAACGAAAUCCCCAACGAUUUAAUAUCAGAGAUCAUGAGUCCUGCGCCACGCAGGGGCACCUAAACAUGUCCCGUCUGAAACGCCACAUCAAGUCUUAUCACCGACUCUCCUUCCCCAAGAAUAGGUGUCUCCGUUGCCAAGUGCAGUUCGAGACUGCUACUAGACUUAAAGAGCACCAAACGCAAAUCGGGAUAUGUACAGUAGCGACAUCGCAACAAGACCGCGAGGACGGAAUCGACCGAGAAGUCGAAGAUUGUAUCAAUGGGCGCAGGGAAAGCUUUAAGAUAAAAACCUGGGAAGAACUGUGGCGCGUGCUGUUCCCUACAGAUGCUCAAGUGCCGGGCUCAGAAUUCGUUCCCGUAGUUGAAAGCUUUGAGGUUUAG